AUGGAGUUCGAUAAUAAUGCUCCUGGAGGGCUUAUGAAUUUCCUAUCAGCAUGUGUUAACGGCGGUGCUCCAGGAACAGGUAUCAAGCAGAUCGUUAGUAUUGGUCAGAAUCUUAUGGGACCGAAAUUACCCGAUAUCCUUAUUGAGUACAAUGUCGAAACACAGAAUGUUUUGAUGGGUGGUUACCCAACUGAGUGGGACAUAGCCCCAGCAAUUGUUUUCGCUGUUGUGUUUUUCGUAUUCUUAAUACUUCACACGGCAAUUUUCCUUAUCAAUUUCUUCCGUGGCCACUACUUUUGGGUGUCCAUUGGUUUCAUUGCCUACUGCCUUAUGAAAAUUCCAGCUUUCGCAAUGAGAGCUUACUGGGCCACAGACAUCCUAGAAAUCGACGUCGGUUUGGCGGGGUCUGUGCUUCAAAUUGUGCCCGCAUAUUUAAUCGUAUCAUUAAAUUUGAUUUUGACGCAGAGAUUGUUUACUUGGCGUCACCCUGUCGGUGGUUCGAGAUGGCUUUUCUGGAGCAUUAUGUUGCAGAUGUACUUCUUUGUCUUCGUAUUUAUCGCGAUCAUUGUCACUGCAUCAUUGGUUCCAUAUAUCCACUUUGUUAGCUACAGCGCUUACGAGAAAUGGGCCAAGGUUAACCAGGCGUCUGGUGUUAUUGUCGUCCUCUAUGUGAUGACUUCGGUUUCUUUGCUUGGUUUGUCUUACCUCUUCCCUCCAACCAAGAAGGAUGAAAACCUUUACACUUACCAGCCAUGGUGGAUCAAGUCUUUCAGCCCGUUCUAUUUCGUUGAGAAAGGAGCAGCUCAAAGAGCUGAAUUGUCUUUUAUGAGACGUAAUCACAACCACAGACACGCUAUCAGAGUCAUUGCUGCCACUCAUCAUCACUUCAACAUGGUUGAGGGAUUGACCAAUGAAAGAGGAAGUUUGACCCAUAACGUUUCUAUGCUUAUCAUCACAAUUACCACUGCUUUGAUUUUGGUUGGUGCUAUUUUAAGAUGUAUCGUGUUGUUCCAGUUCAAGUGGAAGAGGUACGAAGACCCCAUUGCUGAGCCCCUCUUGGGCUACAUUACAUGGGGUGUAUUUGAAUCUCUAGUGAACAUCAUCUAUAUUGUGGGCAGAGUUGACUUGAGACUCUACAGACCAGACAUCUUGCCUCCAGAGGUUAGAGCCAUCAUUACAGCCGAGCAGAGUUUCUAUCCAUCUGAAUCAGAAGAAGAUGAGGAUGACAUCUACACUCGCUCGAGUCAUGAAUCUGAUGUUUCUGCCGCAUCCAAGGUCUACUCAUCAGAUCUGCCUUUGUCUUAUGACAAGGUGGAGCCUCCAUAUCCUACUGAUGAUGUCGAGGAUCUUGAUGACGAUAGAAAGACAACAGAUAGCUCAUCCUUCCAAUUCCCUCAGGAAAAGCAGGAUGAAAAGAAGGAUACCAAACGUGAACGAGCUGAUGGAGAUGACUCCGUAUUUCACUUCUAA